AGCAGCCCUGGGGGAGAGGUAGGCAACAAAACCAGAACUGAAAGAGCCUUAUUCAUCGUUAGCUGCAGCAACGCUGUGAAUGAGUAAAAGAGAGAGAGAGAGAUAGACAGGCAGAGGGAGGUGGGGGCAGAUUUCUGGUCCUGUGCUGAUGACAGUACAUCCUCGUCACUGGUGAAACAGGGAGAGGAGCGCAAAGAAGCAGAUAUCCUAAAGCAGUGAACUGGUGGACCACAGCUUACAGAGAAAACAGCUCAGAGAAGGAUUGUUUGGACUGGAAAAAGGUGCUAGAGAGCACAUCCCAAAGAGGGAAGGAGACGCAGGAGGUGAACUGCCUAACAUGUAUGGUGUGUGUGGAUGUUGUGGUGCCCUUCGCCCUCGCUACAAAAGACUUGUGGACAACAUCUUCCCAGAAGACCCAGAAGAUGGACUUGUGAAAGUAAACAUGGAGAAACUGACCUUCUAUGCACUAUCUGCUCCAGAGAAACUUGACCGGAUUGGUGCUUAUCUCUCAGAACGGUUAUGCCGAGAUGUUGCCCGACAUCGAAUUGGGCAUGUAUGUAUUGCCAUGGAAGCCUUGGACCAGCUGCUGAUGGCAUGCCAUUGCCAGAGUAUUAAUCUGUUUGUGGAAAGUUUUCUGAAGAUGGUGGCCAAACUAUUGGAGACAGACAAGCCAAGUCUGCAAAUCUUGGGUACUAACUCGUUUGUGAAGUUUGCCAAUAUUGAAGAAGACACAGCUUCCUACCACCGGAGUUAUGACUUCUUUGUGUCCCGCUUUAGUGAAAUGUGUCAUUCAAGUCAUGAAGACCCAGAGGAGAGGAGAAGGAUCCGUAUGGCUGGCAUCAAGGGCCUUCAGGGAGUGGUCCGGAAGACUGUGAAUGAUGAACUGCAGGCAAAUAUUUGGGAGCCACAACACAUGGACAAAAUUGUUCCAUCACUGCUCUUCAACUUGCAGCAAAUUGAGAAACCAGAGAGCCGGUCCCCAUCACCAUUACAGACCACCGAAAAAGAAAGGGAAAGCCCAGCAGAAUUAGCUGAAAGAUGCUUCCGGGAGCUCUUGGGACGAGCAGCUUAUGGAAACAUUAAGAAUGCCAUUAAACCUGUUUUAAUGCACCUUGACAAUCAUUCACUUUGGGAGCCAAAGCUUUUUGCUGUUCACUGCUUCAAGAUUAUAAUGUACUCCAUUCAGCCACAGCAUUCCCACCUGGUUAUACAGCAGCUCCUGGGACACCUGGAUGCCAACAGCAAGAGUGCAGCCGCAGUGCGUGCUGGGAUAGUGGAGGUCCUAUCAGAAGCAGCCAUCAUAGCUGCUAGUGGAUCAGUAGGCCCCACAGUCCUAGAGGUAUUUAAUACACUACUCCGGCAGCUUCGAUUGAGUAUUGACUAUGAACUAACCGGGAGGUAUGACUCUGCAAUGAACAUUGGCUUUAAAACCAUUAAAGAGCAUGAGGAAAGGAGGUUCCAGGAAGGUGUCAUCAAAACAAUUGGUUCGUUUGCUAACACUCUUCCUGCUUAUCAGAGGUCGGAGGUGAUGCUGUUUAUCAUGAGCAAGGUGCCGCUUCCUUCAUUCCAUCAUAAUGCUGCCGAUGUAGGGAAACCUGGGGAUGACAGAAUACGGCUGAUUCAGAUAAUGCUUCUUAAAUCUUUGCUGCAGGUAUCAAUUGGCUUCAAAAGCAACAAUAUGCUGGCAGCUCUUCCAUCCUCCUUCCUGGAUCCUCUUCUCUCUGCUGCACUAAUGGAUGACAUGGACAUCCGACUUUUUGUGCUGGAAAUACUCAUCAGCCUCAUUGAUCGCCAUGGAAAUCGAAACAAGUUCUUGCCUAUCAGAAUCCUUCCAGAUAUCUCAGUUUUCAAGUUAAGAGUGGAAAAGUGCUCUCGGCAGGACACACUCUUUAUGAAGAAGCAUUGUCAGCAGCUUUAUCGGCACAUCUACCUGGGCUGUAAAGAGGAGAGCAACUCUUAUUACCACUACGAAGCACUCUAUGCCAUGCUAGCUCUCAUCAGCUUGGAACUUGCUAAUGAAGAAGUAGUUGUGGACCUCAUCCGCCUCUCUCUGGCAUUGCAGGAGCUUGUUCUAACAAAUGAAGAUAAUCUCCCUGUGUACAACCGCUGUGCUGUCCAUGCUGUUACUGCUGCAUACCUAAAUCUUAUUAGUCAGCUCACAACAGUGCCAGCAUUUUGUCAACACAUCCAUGAGGUAAUUGAAAUGAGACAGAAAGAGGCACCAUACUUAUUGCCAGAAGAGGUUUUUGCAGAAAAGCCCAGACUGUCUAAGUGUAUGGAUAGGCUGGAGACAGAGCUCCUGUUUCUGCAGAGUAAGAUUUGUGAAGUGCUGGGAGGUAGUGGUUACAACUCCGAAAGGCUUUGCACUCCAUAUAUUCCACAGGUGACAGAUGAGGAUCGAUUGUCUAAGAGGAAGAGUAUUGGAGAAACUAUAUCAUUGCAGGUGGAAGUUGAAUCAAGAAACAGUCCUGAGAAGGAGGAGAAAACUCCUGCUGAAGAAAUUACAUUUGAAACCCUAAAGAAGGCAAUAGUCGACAGUGUGGCCAUGGAAGAACAGGAGCGAGAAAGAAGGCGGCAGGUUGUGGAGAAGUUUCGAAAGGCACCUUUUGAAGAGAUUGCUGCCCACUGUGGGGCUAGGGCUACAAUGCUGCAAAGCAAGCUGAAUCAGAUCUUUGAAAUCACAAUCAGGCCUCCUCCAAGCCCAUCUGGAACUAUCACUGCUGCCUAUGGCCAACAGCAGAGUCGAUCUAUACCAGUGUACGAGAUGAAGUUCCCAGACCUCUGUGUGUAUUAAUUCUACACGUUGAUGAGAAGAAACCAAUCAAGCCUAACACUGACUCUGUGUGUGUGUGUGUGUGUGUGUGUGUGUGUGUGUGUGUGUGUGUGUGUGUGUGUGUGUGUGUAUAUUAGUGUUUGAUUGUAUGCGAGUGCUUGAAUAUGUUAAGUUCUUCUAUCACCAGCUGUGUUCAAAAGUUAUGAAGAAGCAUGUGUAUAUAGUGCCCAAAGUUAUUUUCAGACAUUCUUUUCAUUUUAAUGUGAGUUUACAAACAAACAACCAGAUAGUGCUGCUUAAUUUGAUGAGGAUGAUAAACUUCCACAUAGGUUUACCCUUCAAAACCUCAAAGCCAAUGUGCAGAUGGCUGAAGGGCUUCAGCUUACAUAUUUACUGCCCAAAGACAAGCAAUGGGCUGACAGUAGCUCCAGCAAGGCACCCUGUAAUGUAAUGAUGUCAUCUCUGUAAUGCACACACAUCACUAUUUGUCUUAUGGAAUGCACUCACAGAACCAGCACUGCCUUAUUCUGUGUUGUCCGUGCUAGGUAUAACAGAGUAAGAACAGGAGAAACACACAAGAGCUAAGGCUUUUUAAUGCUAUAUGUACAACACUAUAGUUAGAACAUUGCAAAUGCACUCCUCAGGCAAACAAAUGUGUAGCAGGGUGCUAAACGUAAGUUUUAAAUAUGUAAAUAAUUAGACAAGAUACUUGUCUUCACAAUGAUCAUGCUUUGGACAAACAAUAUCAAAAGUGAAAGUAGGUCCUACAGAGACAGCGAGAGAGAGAAUAAUAACUGUUUGGUACAGCAUUACUGUUUUAAAACAAAUGCAAAAAAAUAAUAGCAAGUUCAAAAUAAUACACUUCAUCAUCUCAUUGACAGUAUUAAAAUGCAUAUACACAACUAUGGCCGCUGAAAGACUUUCUAUAUACAGCAGGUAAUUGAGGAAAAGCUUAUUUUUGUUUGGAAAUUGAACUCAGGACUUCUAGUAUUCCAUGCUAGUAGAGCAUAAAGGCAGAUUAGUGCUUCCUUUGAACCAUCUGACAUAGUUGCCCCCUUUUUAAAUUGUAAUGUAACAACUAUCAAAGGUAGCUUUAUUUUCCAGAAUAUUCAGAUUAUACAGACACUGUAAGGUAGCUAAAAUCCCAAGUAGUUCCUGAUGUCAAGGCAGGUGAGAAGAGUGAAUGCUGUUCUCUGACACUGACUGAAGUUUAUAACCAGGCUGUGCAGCACCUAAUACGAAAUGAUUAGUUAAUACCCAUGUAAUCUCAAAUUGCUGCUUUUGGAAAGUGAAGCAAAUUCAGUACUUGAGAGAGGUUUGGUCUCUGGACCACAACCGAGUACGACAUCUCCUCGAAGAGGAACUCUAUAAGAUACACAAAAACUGCUGCUCAGUAGUACGUAGUCAGUGUAGAAAACAUCAGGUUAACAGCAUGAAGUCUGACUGACUUCAGAAUAUACCUGUUGUAUACUGUAACAGUUGCAGAGUUCAUCCAGCACUACAACUGAGAACAGAAGAGCUGUAGACUGCUGCAGCAGUGGUAGGUUCUUUUCAGCAGAAUUAUAGGGACAGCGAGAGCAAUAAUCAGAAAUGAAAAGGUUUGGUGCUAAUACUUUGUUUAUAGCCAUGAUUCUGUUCUACACUGCCCCAUUUGGUAUGUACCUCUCAAGACACCUGAAACAACUAGAAAGGCCGCAGAAAUACCUCACUAAAAGAAUC